AUGCAGGAUAGAAGACCCCGUCCUUCUCGACGCUCCUGGAACGGGCCCCGCACGGCCAGGCGCAGGUCCGAGGGGGUAGCAGGGAGGUCCUGCAUCAGCCCAGGCGCCUCCCCCGCAACUCAAGACCAGCCACCCUCUGGGACCCAGGCCCGAGGCCGGACCAGGAUAAAGUCCAGGACCCCGGGUCCCGCCCGCCGCCUCCGGCCCCUGGCCUCCACCGAGGGUCAGACAGCCAGGCUUCCCGCCGCCUCUCCCGCCCGCCUCGUGCCUCAGGGGCCCCAGCUACCUCCCCGCCCCCGGCCGGGCCCCCACGAGGCUGCGCUUCCCGUAAACUCCCCUCCCGGCACGGCCCACCUCCCUGCCUCGGUCCCGCCCCUGGGGGGCCCUGAGCGGCGCGUGAUUGGCCCGGCCGCGCCGUCACUCUCCGGCCGCGUCACCGCCCUCGUUUCCGACCGCCCCGAGACCGGCAGUGGUGUUAGUGCUCGCGGGGCCGCGGCGGAGGGUGUCGAGCUUCCCUGCUUGCUCCGACUCGCCCGCGGGUCGGCGCGCUAG